CAAAAUGGAGGAUAUUUCUCUAAGCAGUCAAUUGAAAACCAUAGUACGUUUUCAACGUUCACAACUAGAAAUUCCACUCCACCUAGAGAUGUCCGUGUUCGAGUUCAUUAACUUCUUUUGACAAGAGGUAUGAUCAGUGUUGGAUAUAUAUGAUGCUAUUGCGGCUAAUCAAGAAAUACUACUGUUCCGUCUUCAAGAAGAAGAAAAAGAAAAAGAAGAUGGCGAAUUCUGAGAAAGUAGUUGGUGUAAAGAAAGUGAGGCAAAAAGAUCCAGAUGGAUGGGAUGUGACAAUGCCACUCCCAGGGGACAUAAUAGAAGGCAUUGGUGAAUUAGCUGCUGAUGAUGAUUCAUUUGUUCAGGCCAAGGCAUGGUCAGAGUUAGCUUUAUUUCUUGGUAAAAUUGUUGGACAUUUCAUUUGGUUGAAAGUUAGAAGGGGAGAGAGUAGACUUAAACUCAGGGGAUAUGUCUUAGUUGAACGACGUUCCAAUCUGCAAAAAAGGUUUGUGGUUAGAGCAGCAUCUGAUGACAGACAUCUUGCUGUUAUAGCAGAAUUAACUUUGGGACGUUGCACUGAACUCCAGGAAAUGAGCAGAAGAAUGGUAAAUUCGGGCUCACGGGGAUAUAACCAAAUGGGAUUACAAUAUGACUGGAAGAUGAAGGUGGGAACCUAUCUACCCGAUUCUCGUUCCACAGUUGUUAGCUCCAUACUUUUCAUGCCUUUAACAAGAGAGUAUAGAGUAGAAGCCACAAUAGUUCGAACCAUGGCCUGGUUUUCAGCAGCGGUAUCUUCAGGAAUCCCCCUUGUAUUCGUUAACAUUCAAACUGAGCAAAUAAGCAAUUUGGAGAGGAGAAACAACAUUGGUAACCAAUCCGCGCAAGGAGUAAGGCUAUGGUAUCUACCAGGAAUUGAAGAGAUUCCACUUGAACUAACACCUGUUCCAGGAGAAACCAGAUUCGGAAUAGACAUUAAACGAACAGAUGAAGGAUUUGUCAGUAUAUACUCAGUAACAAAGGGGACAGCUGCAGAACGAGCCAGUUUAGUGCGUUUAUUUGAGCAAGCAAACAAAAGCGAGCAACUUCUUGUGAUUUCAAGGCUAGAAGGAAAAAGUCUUUUGCCUUCAACUGUUAGCCCAGAAGGUCUAAUAUACUGCUGUGAUCAUAGUGAUAUUAAGGAAACUCUCAAUUUAGCAAUGGAAAGAAGUGAUAGUAUUAGACUGCAUAUCAUGUCUUGGCCUAAUCAAACAACUCAAAAUACCACACGGUCGUUUGGUGCUGCAGUUCUUAUGCCUCCAAAUUGAUACCAUCAGUAGUUCAACAUC